ACUUGUGAAAAAAUGGCGGAAAUUUUUGAAUCAGAACUCCAUUCACAAAUAUUAUCAAUUCAAGAAAAGCUUAAGAGUCAAUCAGAGAGGCUUCUAAUAAGAGAAAGAGAAUUGAAAGAGAGAAAUGACUUGUUAAUAAAGCAAUUCAGUGCAAUACAAGAAAUGGAAGAACUCCUUGGGAAAAGACAAAAGAAACUGCAAGAAAAAGAAGAAAAUUUAGAAGCUCGAGAAAGGAUGAUCUCUGCCAAGAGAGAACAAAUGGAACAUGUACAAGCAGACCUAGAGGAGAAGUGCGAUAGUCUGGUAACUCGUAAUGAUGAUUUGAUGUCUCAAGUAUUAUCAUUACAAUCACAAAUUGCCAAAAUGAAAGCUAAGAAGAAAAUGGAUGAGCAUUUAAAAGAGGAUCAGUUACCAUUAAAAACUCUAACCAAUUCAUUAAUGCACUGGCUAACAAGACUACAGCUUCAAGCCAACUCUCUCUCUCCUCUCGACAAGACAAUGAAAGAAACCACUCUAGCAAUGUCACUUGACAUCCUACCCUCUCUCGUUAAUCACAUGACACUAAAUCACGUGACACCCUCUGGCGUGGACACACCCGAAUUACUCACCCUACUUGAGUUUGUUCAUUUAAGUACAAGUACUCUUGCAGAAGAAGAGCAUCACACCACUGUCAUCACUUCAUUAAGGAGACUCGGGGAAAAAAUUGAAAAGUUUGUUCCUAAUGAAAAUGUUCAAGUUGACGUCCUCUGUUCUCUUAUAUCACUACAUACCAUUACUCAGGUUUAUAAAUUGGCGAAUAUUUUGGAAAGACUAACAGCUGUUUUAAAGAGCUCUAAGGUCCAGCAAUUGUUUAUGCUGUACAGAGGAAUGGAUGCAAUGUUUUCUCUACUGAAGAAUGAGAAACAGCCAGUUGUACUGACCAGUAAAGUAUUAGACAUAUUAAUAGACCUGAUGCCAGAACCAGUUUUUGUCGAGCGAUGUACCUCCCGUAAUUAUUACAGUACAGUAUUGUCUUGUCUGAGGAGGCCAUCACUUCAUGUUACCAAUCUUGAGAAGAUUAGCAUUUUAUUGCAGAGGACAUCAAAGUACAGAUCAGUCUGCCAUUUGCUGCAGUCUUUAAAUGGAGUCCAGACCAUCAAGUCAUCACUAAUACAAAACUCAAGCAACCAUUUUGUACAAUUAAACUUAAAAUCAACGCUAAACAACAUUGACAAUCACAUUAUUAACACAACAGCAAGAACAUGUAGAAGUGAAUGAGUUAUGAACAUGGAUAUAUCAAUAAGUGUAUUUUAUACGAUAGUCUGAUUAUUUUUUCUGGCUAUUUAAUUAUUAUUAUUAUUAUUAUUAUUAUUAUUAUUAUUAUUAUAAAUGAUGUUCUGGUUGAUAGCAGUCUGGAGGAAGAUAAUAAAUAUGCUCA